AUGACUCGACCAGACAUCUCCUUCAGUGUUCAAACAUUUAGCCAAUUUUUACAGAAGCCUAAAAAAUCUCAUAUGGAAGCUCUACUCAGAAUUGUAAGAUAUCUAAAGCAACAACCAGGAGAAAGAAUUCUUCUGUCCAGCAAAUGCAAUAAUGAAGUUACAACAUACUGUGAUGCUGAUUGGGCAGCCUGCCCUCACUCUAGAAAAUCUGUAUCUGGUUAUUUGAUCAAACUUGGUGAGUCAUUAGUUACUUGGAAGUCUAAGAAACAAACUACUGUUUCCAGAAGCUCAGCAGAAGCUGAAUAUAAGAGUCUUGAAUCAAUAGUAGCAGAGUUAAUUUGGCUACUUGGACUACUAAAAGAACUGGGAAUUGAUGUUAAACACCAUGUGAAUGUUUAG